AUGGAGGCGCCAGUCGAGCUGCUGUCGGCGCUGCCCGCGCUGGUCACUGUGCUAGCGCUGCUACUUGCUUGGCUGCUGGUGCGACGUGGGGCCGCCCCCGCACCUCCGGUGUCCCUGGAGCCCCCGGCCGAGGCUUCCCAACCACCGCAGCCCAGAGCCCCGGAGCCCGCGGCCGCGCCCGAGGAGGGACUGGAGGAGCCCGCGGCGGCGCUGACGGAGGUGGAGGAGGCCAUGGAAGCCAGGCAGGAGGAGGAGCUGGACCCAGCCGGUGAGAAGAACCUACCCCGAGGAGAUGAGCCCGAGGAAGAAGACGAAGUCGGUGAGGGGACCUUUUCCUUCAAAUACAGCCCUGGGAAGCUGCGGGGGAACCAGUACAAGCAGAUGAUGACCAAGGAGGAGCUGGAGGAGGAGCAAAGAGUUCAGAGAGAGCAGCUGGAUGCUAUCUUCAAGCUCAUGAAGGACAACAAGGAGACGUUCGGCGAGAUGUCUGACGGGGAUAUGCAGGAGCAGCUGAGACUCUAUGACAUGUAG